UCCUACCGACCAGAGCCGGGCCCCCCGGCGGCUCUGUGUUACAGGAGGGGAGGGGAGUGGGCGGCUGGGCCUGAAACUUGGCGGGAUCAGCUCUGUGGGAAUGAGCAUGUAGUGUUUAAUAACGGGCUGGUGGGCUCUCUAUACUGUGCUGCUGCCAUGGAAUGAGCCUGAGCACAAUCAGCCCGAGAUCCCGUGUUUGAGUGGCACGCAGGGGCUGCUGGGUAUUGUAGUUCAGAGUGCAUAUGCGCAGCCACAGGGCAGGUGAAUGAAGCGAAUUUUGGAUGCUCCCGUAUCCCUUUAAAGUGAAAAACAGCCACCAAAUGAGUUGGCCUCAUUGCUGAAAGGUGGAGUUGAGCCCAUGUGGAGCAACAAAUACUGAUGUAUCAUGGGUCUUAAUGACCGUUUAUAAGCUUUGUUCUGUCCAUGUGGCUGUUUCUUCAUUUUUGGAUCAUAAGCUGUAGCGUGAAAUUUGUGAGAACUACUUAUUUUUCUCUAAAUUGCCGAAAACCACCUCCGCAAAAUGAAACAAGUACCUCAUAUUCUUGCAAGUCCAGCUGUGAAGCCAUCCAAUCCAGAAGUGAGUCGAGAGUGUUCUGUGUUGCUUGGAAGAGCUCAGAUUUCGGCCUCUCUCCAAGAGGGGGUAAUACAGAAGCUCAAUGGCCACGAUUCCCUGCCGUUCAUUCCAACCGAGAAGUUAAAGGACCUCACUUCCCGCGUGUUUAAUGGAGAGUCUGGAGCUCAGGAAGCCAAAGUGCUCUUUGAGGCGCAAGAGGUUCAAGGUAUUGAGACGCCACCCAGCACUACUCCUACUAAAAACGGAUCUCCCGAAAUAAAGUUGAAAAUCACCAAGACCUACAUGAAUGGAAAGCCCUUGUUUGAAUCUUCUAUAUGUGGAGACAGAGGCGAGGAAGAGUCUCAACCUGAGGCAAAGGAGAAGAAAAAGAGAGGAAGGAAAAGAAAAAUUAUCACAUCUGAAGCCAAUGAGAAGUCGAGCCAUGAGAUGCCAGCACACCCGGAAUCUUCCAAAAUGCAGUCUCUAUCAGAAUCCGAGUUCCCAGAGAACACAACUGAAGAGGACUUAUCGUUAAAGUAUUCUGUUGGAGAUGUAGUGUGGUCCAAGGUCUCUGGUUAUCCAUGGUGGCCGUGUAUGGUGACAUCUGACCCUGUGUUGUAUAACCACACAAAAGUAAAGGGACAAAAAAAGAAUGUCAGGCAGUAUCAUGUACAGUUUUUUGGUAAUGCGCCUGAGAGAGCUUGGAUAUCCGAAAAGAGUAUGGUGCCCUUCAAAGGAGAAAAUGAAUACGAUCACUUGUGCCAGGAAAGUGCAAAGCAGGCACAUACCAAAGCAGAAAAAACUAAGCUUUUAAAACCGAUAACUGGCAAAAUCCGGGCUCAGUGGGACAUCGGUAUAGAGCAGGCCAAAGAAGCCAUAUUGAUGACUCUCGAAGAAAGGAAAGAAAAGUUUACUUUUAUUUACAUAAAAGACCGUCCUCAACUCAAUCCCAAAGUGGCUGCUGAAGUGGGUAUCCCAGUGGAGUCCCCAGAGAAAAGUAUGGAAAGCCCAAAAAAAGAGGGGUCUUCAUCCUACAAGAGAAGGCGUGUGUCCAGAACCCCAGCUGCUAGUGAAGAGGUUGAUCCUGCUGAUAAAACCACUACUGCAAAAGGACCUGAGAACUCCUCAAACCUUAAAGUUGGGAUGACUUCGCCUGCAAGUAAAAAACGGUCUGGGGCAUAUACCCCAAAGAGCAGGAAGGGAGAUGCCAUGAACCAGUUUCUUGUAUUUUGUCAGAAGCACAAAGAUGAGGUAAUAAAUGAACACCCAGAUGCUUCUGAUGAAGAGAUUGAAGAAUUGCUUGAAUCCCAGUGGAAUAUGCUCAGCAAUAAACAAAAAGCUCGCUAUAACACAAAGUUUGCCAUUCUCACCUCUCCCAAAUCAGAAGAAGACUCUGGUAGCUUGCAUGGACACAAAAGAAACCACUUAAAGACAACGCACAAUCAAACCGAAGAUGCGGAAAUCCAAGAAUCUCCACGGAAAAGGCUCCGGAUCCACAAUCGAAAGCAAAGGGAAAGCUGCAAACCUCCAAAAGCCCGAGCAUCUGCCCCAGUAAAGAACUCAACAGCAGUGUACAACCUGUCUGAUGCAUGUAAGCCUUUGAAGAAGAGGAACAGGAGUUCUGCAGUUUGUUCAGUUGCCCUUCCUGUGAUCAAAAGUUCUUCUCCUGAUUCACUGACUGAGAAUGAGGUCUCUGACAGUCAGGGGGAUGAAAGAUCCGAGUCCCCUUCAGAUAGCGCUGACGAGUCUCAAGCAGAAAUAUCAAUGCUUUCCAGGAAGUCCGAGAGAGGAGUCACGAAAAAAGAAUUGGUGUGCCAGGUCUGUGAGAAGGCUGGAGACCUUUUGUUGUGUGAAGGAGUGUGUUGUUCUGCCUUUCAUUUGUCCUGUGUUGGCCUUUCUACGCGACCGGCUGGGAAAUAUCUGUGUGAUGAAUGCACAUCAGGUGCCCAUUCAUGUUUUGUGUGCAAGGAGAUUAACAAAGAUGUGAAGCGGUGUAUUGUGUCCCACUGUGGAAAAUUCUACCACGAAUCUUGUUUGAGAAAGUAUCCACUCGCUGUGUUUGAGAGUAGAGGCUUUCGUUGUCCCCUACACCGCUGUGCUAGUUGUUACAUCUCAAACCCUUCCAAUCCUAGAACAUCUAAAGGUAAAAUGAUCCGAUGCGUUCAAUGCCCAGUUGCUUAUCAUGGAGGGGAAUCCUGUGUCAUUGCUGGAUGUACAGUGUUAACUCCUACCAGCAUCAUCUGUUCUGCUCAUUUUGCUGCUAGCAAAGCAAACAGCCAUCACGCACACAUCAAUGUUAGCUGGUGUUUUGUGUGCUCCAACGGAGGGAGCCUGCUAUGCUGUGAAUCCUGCCCAGCAGCCUUUCACCCCGAUUGCUUGAAUAUCGAAAUGCCCGAUGGCAGCUGGUUUUGCAAUGACUGCAGAUUAGGGAAGAAACCACGAUUCAAUGACAUUGUUUGGGUGAAGCUGGGGAACUAUAGGUGGUGGCCUGCAGAAGUGUGUCAUCCGAAGAAUGUGCCUCCAAAUAUCCAGAAAAUGAAACACGCAAUUGGUGAAUUCCCUGUUUUCUUUUUUGGGUCCAAGGAUUAUUACUGGACUCACCAAGCUCGGGUCUUUCCAUAUAUGGAAGGAGACCGGGGUAGUAAACAUCAUGGAGGCAAAAGCAUUGGCAAAGUGUUCAAAAAUGCUCUGCAAGAAGCGGAGGCCCGAUUCUGUGAGAUUACAUGCCAGCGGGAAGCAAAAGUUUCUCAGGAAAAUGAAAAGAAGCCACCUCCAUAUAAACAUAUCAAGGUGAAUAGACCUUACGGAAAAGUUCAGGUUUACACAGCCGAUAUCUCUGAAAUUCCCAAAUGUAAUUGCAAACCUUCCAGUGAAAAACCCUGUGGCUUUGACUCUGAAUGUUUAAACCGCAUGCUGAUGUAUGAAUGCCACCCUCAAGUGUGCCCUGCUGGAGACAGCUGUCAGAAUCAGUGUUUCAACAAGCGCCAGUAUCCGGAAACCAAGAUCAUCAAAACUGAAGGGAAAGGAUGGGGGCUCAUUGCAACAAGAGAUAUAAAAAAGGGAGAGUUUGUAAAUGAAUAUAUCGGUGAACUUGUAGAUGAAGAAGAAUGCAUGGACAGAAUCCGACGCGCACAGGAGAAUGACAUCACACACUUUUACAUGCUGACGAUUGACAAGGAUAGGAUUAUUGACGCAGGUCCCAAGGGAAACUUUUCCCGAUUUAUGAAUCACAGCUGUCAGCCAAACUGUGAAACCCAGAAAUGGUCUGUGAAUGGAGAUACACGUGUAGGUCUCUUUGCUGUGCGUGAUAUUCCUGCAGGUGAGGAGUUGACCUUUAACUACAACUUAGACUGCCUAGGUAAUGAAAAGACCAUCUGCAGAUGUGGUGCCCCCAAUUGCAGUGGAUUCCUUGGAGACAGGCCGAAGAACAACUCUGCUUCAUCUCAUGAAGAAAAAGUGAAAAAGCCCAAGAAAAAACUGAAGAGGCGUCGCACGAGGACAGAAGGGAGAAAAGAAUCUGAAGAUUACUGCUUCCGUUGUAACGAUGGCGGAGAACUUGUUUUAUGUGACAGGAAAUUUUGCACGAAGGCCUAUCACCUUUCUUGCCUGUCUUUAACCAAGAGGCCUUUUGGAAAAUGGGAAUGUCCUUGGCAUCACUGUGAUGUGUGUGGAAAGGCUUCGUUGACUUGCUGCUCGUUGUGCCCUAAUUCUUUCUGCAAAGCUCACUGUGAUGAUAAUCAGUUCACAAGGACUGCAGACGGAGAGUUGUGUUGCAUGGAGCAUGACCCGGAAGAGGCUGUUGAAAGUGAAGUUGUUAAACAUCAACCCAAGAAGAAAGCGAAACAAAGGAAGAACAAAAAGACUCGAUAGUCAGCUUUAUUUUGUUGAUCUAAAAGGACUGCAGUUUCAGCUGCCAACACUAGUGUGUACAUACAAAGCAGUAUGUGAAUAAGGGCAAAGGCACAUUUUUCCAUUUUAUUUUGUACAACUAGAGUACACACUUCAAUUCAGGACAAAAAUUUUAUCGCUGAGCCGCUGCCUCUGCACUGAUACUGAACCGUGAUGGUUGCAGUUCAUAAACUGUCAGGGAAAAAAAAAACACAAUUUUUUACACAGCAUUACAGUUAUGCUUUACGGCACAUGGAAAGA